AUGUCGACUACUGGCAGCAGUACUUUUCGAAACCAAAAUCACCGAUCAAGUGGCCGAGGUAGAGUGCCGGACUACGACAACGCAUCUGUCAUCUCAGCUUCCCAGAUCCCGCGUCCCCAAUCUACCUCAACACCCACGGCUUCUAGCGAUAUUGGCAGUACCAGCAUGAGUGCCGCUAGCAGUAGGCAAAGACAGAACCAGUCGAAGCGCGAUGAGGCGAUUCGGCGUAGGUUGGAAGCGGACUUGAACAAGAAGAGACAUACCACGGGAAGGGCACAACGGUCUCGCAAGGCCCCUCCCGGCACCGUGCUGGCCUUGAAGCCUAGUCAGGCUCUUCAGAUCAAGCCCAGCACCACGAUUUCCGAAGCCGCUCAGUUGAUGGCCGCCAAGAGGGAGGACUGCGUGCUGGUUACCGACGAUGACGAUCGAAUUGCUGGUAUCUUCACGGCUAAGGAUCUGGCUUUCCGUGUGGUUGGAAUUGGCUCCAAGGCCCGAGAGGUUGCAGUUUCCGAAAUCAUGACGAAGAACCCCCUGUGCGCGAGAACCGAUACCAGUGCGACGGAUGCGCUCGAUCUCAUGGUCCGGAAGGGUUUCCGGCAUCUCCCGGUUAUGGACGAGAACCAGGAUAUCUCCGGUGUCCUCGAUAUCACCAAGUGCUUCUACGAUGCGAUGGAAAAACUCGAACGUGCCUACAGCUCUUCCCGGAAGUUAUACGAUGCACUGGAAGGUGUGCAGAGCGAAUUGGGUUCCUCCCAACCUCAGCAGAUCAUCCAAUACGUGGAGGCUUUGCGUCAGAAGAUGUCGGGUCCGACUUUGGAGACUGUCCUGGACGGUAUGCCGCCGGUCACCGUCUCUGUUCGCACUUCUGUUAAGGAUGCCGCCGCCCAGAUGAAGGAGAACCGCACCACCGCUUUGCUUGUUCAGGACCAGGGAUCGAUUACUGGUAUCUUUACCAGCAAGGAUGUCGUCCUUCGUGUGAUUGCUCCUGGACUUGACCCGUCCACUUGCAGUGUGGUCCGUGUCAUGACCCCUCAUCCCGACUUUGCCCCCUCCGAUAUGAGUAUCCAGGCGGCUCUCAGAAAGAUGCACGAUGGUCACUACCUGAACUUGCCCGUGAUGAAUGAAUCUGGUGAGAUUGUUGGAAUGGUGGAUGUCCUCAAACUCACAUAUGCCACACUGGAACAAAUCAACUCGAUGGGCACUCAGGAUGAUGAGGGCCCAGCUUGGAAUAAGUUCUGGUUGUCGAUGGAUAACGAAUCCGACUCGGUGGUCUCUGGCAGUCAGGUGGUCUCUGGCAGCCACCAUCCCCACACGGCGCAUCGCUCCGUUCUCAGCCCCGACUCUCACAAGCACAGUUUCGACCAUCGCGACAGUGUGAUGCCCAACGAAUCUGCAUCACAUCAGGGAGAUGACCACUCUGAGAUCAUCGAGGCUCACCAUCACGAAGAAGAGCAUGCGUUCCCCUUCAAGUUCAAAGCACCAAGCGGCCGGGUGCACCGUGUGAACGUCCUUCCCUCCGCUGGUCUUGCCGAGAUGGUGGCACAGGUGACUGCCAAGUUGGGUCCUGAGGUCGAGGCAGUCGGUGGUGCGGCCGACUGCGAAGAUGGCAGGCUCAGCAACACUGGAUAUGCCCUAAGUUACUUGGACAACGAGGGUGACACCGUUUCAAUUACCACAGAUCAGGAUCUGGCGGAUGCUGUUGCCCUCGCUCACCAGUCCCGCCGGGAUAAGGUUGACCUGUUCGUCCACGACCCAACACAACCUCCUGUCUCUGCCACCGUCGAACCUCAACCCGCACCCAUUAAGACCGCAACUCCUAUUGAAGAGAAGAGCGCUGUGGAGGCUGCGUUGCCCGAAGAACCCCCUGUCAUUCGCGCACAUUCGUUCCACUCGCACUCUCACCCUCCGGAGGAGCAGUUCAUUGCUGGUGUGCCAAAUGAGUUAUUGCUUCCCGGUGCCAUUGUCACCCUUGCUGCCGUUAUCGCUGGUGUGUUCAUCCUCAGUCGGCCCAGCGGGCGGUAA